AUGGCAGCCAUACUUUGUGCCCACACAUUCGCAAGCCGCGUGGGACACUUUGAGGGAUCCUAUUGGAUAUUCAGUACCGCUACUCCAGCGGUACUAGAAGUGCGGCAUACAGCUUCACUUACUUGCGCCACAACUUUUUAUUUGUUUACAGGUUUCUGCCGCAGCCUUCCUGUAAUGAUUACUGGUGGCCGGAUGUUUGUCCUGUGCGGUGUACAGCGGAUUCAGAGGAUCUCCCUGAAUAUGAUGACGCUGAAUGUGAAGAGUGAGAAGGUCUAUACACGACAUGGAGUCCCCAUCUCUGUUACUGGCAUUGCUCAGGUAAAAAUUCAGGGCCAGAAUAAGGAGAUGCUGACGGCUGCUUGCCAGAUGUUCCUUGGUAAAACGAAAAAAGAGGUGGCGCACGUUGCCCUUGAGACCUUGGAGGGUCACCAGCGUGCCAUCAUGGCUCGCAUGACGGUGGAGGAAAUCUACAAGGAUCGGCAAAAGUUUUCGGAGGAGGUUUUCAAAGUGGCCUCUUCUGACCUUGUGAAUAUGGGUAUCAGUGUUGUGAGCUACACCUUGAAGGACAUCCGUGAUGAUCAGGAGUACCUGCACUCCCUGGGUAAAGCUAGGACCGCUCAGGUGCAAAGGGAUGCUAGGAUUGGCGAGGCCGUGGCCAAGAGAGAUGCUGGAAUUAAGGAGGCAGAGGCCCUACAGAUGAAAGUGUCCGCUCAGUACAUCAAUGAAGUAGAGAUGGCAAAAGCUCAGAGAGACUUUGAACUGAAGAAGGCCAUUUAUGACCUGGAGGUGAACAGCAGGAAGGCAGAGAGUGACCUGGCCUAUCAGUUACAGGUAGCUAAGACAAAGCAAAAGAUUGAGGAGCAGAAGGUCCAAGUUCAAGUGGUGGAGAGGGGCCAGCAGGUCAUGCUACAGGAGCAAGAAAUUAGCCGUAGGGAGAAGGAAAUGGAGGCCAGAAUCAAGAAGCCAGCAGAAGCAGAGCGCUACCGACUGGAGAAGCUUGCUGAGGCGGAGAGAAUGAAGCUCAUCACUUCAGCUGAGGCAGAAGCAGAGUCCAUCAGGGUAAAGGGAGAAGCUGAAGCGUAUGCAAUUGAAGUCCGAGCUCGUGCUGAUGCCAAGCAGAUGUAUAAAAAGGCGGAGGCCUUCGAGGAGUACAAGGAAGCUUCAAUAGUGGACAUGUUGCUGCAGAAACUGCCUGAGGUCGCAGAGGAGAUUAGCAAGCCUCUAACCCAGGUGAAUAAGAUAAAAAUGGUGUCCAGCGGUGGGAAUACGAUUGGAGCCGCCAAGAUGACAGGAGAAAUUCUGGAUAUCCUCAGCCGCCUUCCAGACACGCUGGAGAAGCUGACUGGCGUUAACAUCAACCAGACUGUAAAAAAGAAGUCUUUGAGAAUGUCAUGAUUUCUGGAGUUAAACUUUCCAUGUUUCUCCACAUCCAUCUACUUGUCGCAUCCUCCUUCUCUUCCUGAAGCAUCUGCACACAGUAUCCGUGUGUUAUGACUAUACACAGAGACUGUUCUCAGCGGCUGAAUUACAUGAUCUGGAGAUUACCCUAUGGACCAACAUGAAGUCUUGUUCCAGAUCAUUUAACCAUUAAAACCCAUAUUAAUUGUAACGUUCUAUCAGGUGCUUUCAUUACUUUGUUAGUGACACCUGCAGUUUAACUGCAGUUUUAAUUUGGUCCUGAAAGUUAUUCUUUCUUAACCUGUUUUUAUAGUCAUUAUUUUGGUAGGCAUGUCGGAGCAGAGAUUGCACCAUCUUAUUCUGAGUUUUAAAGGUAAGAAACUGGUAGUUUAAUAUUGCUUUCUGGUUUUUUUUUUUUAAGUUUUAUGUUACCAUGAGAUAGAGAGAAACAAUAAGUGUGCCACGCGUUUCGCUGUUGACCUAUGCAAGAACUCCAUGGUUACAGUUAAUCAACAGAUUUAAAAAUGGUCAAGUACCUUAUGUGCAUUGACAGUUCCUGUAAUGUCCGGCUAGGAUGAAUGGAUUAUAAAUCUUCAUCUCCACUUUCUCCUUGACACCAGAUGAACCUUUGUUAUAUACAGUAAGCCGCUACAAAAUAACAUUGCACCUCACUCCCAAAUUUAAGGCCUAUUCUUAGCAUUUAGCCAGCAGGGACCUGCGGUGAGCUAAAUAGCUCAGGAGGCACUGGCUAGCACCAAAGCUAGUUUUACAUGCAAUUUAUGAGCCAAAGCGUACAUCUGGGCAUUAUACACAGGUGCAGCAGUAUAAACUCCUGGAAAUUUGGUGAGUUUUGAACAGAGAUGUGCGGAAAAGAUACACAGGUGAGGCACUGCCGCACCUGCCAUAGACUUUUUACUCCAGAGUUUUGGCUAUAAAAAUUAUUAGAAUAAUGCAAAGAAGAUAUUUCUAACAUAUUUUUUGUAUUUUUUAUAUACUUUAUACAGUCAAAACUCUGGUGCAAACCAUAGUAUGACAGUAAGACUCUGCCUCACCUGCCUCACCCCACCGCACGUCAGUGUUAGCCAGGUCUCCCAGCAGAGUUGAAUAGUCUCUGAAAUGCCGAACAGAUAAUGUAUUAAAAUUGUUUCAUUGUUUGAAUGAUAAACCUUAUUUGGUUGGAUUUAUAUAGUUUAAAGACACCUUUAAGAAAAGAAAUAAGGAAAAGGAAAAGGUUUUAUUAAUUAUUUUUUUAACUAUGCUCAUGUUUAAAUGUAAAAAAGUAAAUUGAUCAAUUUAAUCCUAGAUGGCUACAUGUUCCCAUUUACUUGGAUCAAAUUACGGCCCCCAUACAUCGGAAAUAUAUUGGGGCAAUUUCCCGAUUCCCCGAUGGCGGGGUAGGGGGAAUCGGGAAUAUUAAAAAUGCCCUAUUUAUGGUUGUGAUCGGCAAAUCUGUAAUUUUUAAGAUGUUUAAUUUCCCAGACAGAUGUCCGAUCAUAGCUGGCCACCAAUCAGCGAUUCAGCUGAGGAUCGGCAGUGCCAGCGGGUCGGGGAAUCAUGCCCGCUGAUGUAUGGGGUCUUUACUCCUGCUCUGGGGUAAGUUGAGCCACAAGACAACUUUUUUUGAGAAGUAAAAUCCUGAAAUUAAGGUAGAUGUUGUCAUUUGACAUCUUUUUCUAUUGUUUUUGCCUAGGGAAUAACAUAAGUAAAAAUUGCCUCAUUUUACCCCCACUCUUCCCUACGCUUUUGUGCUGUCAAACGUUUGUCAUGAAAAUGAAGACCGGUAACUUCCUACUUCCCACUCCAGUUGCAGUGGAACUACACAUUCCAGCAUGCCCUUCCACAGUUUUAUUGUUAGGGCAUCCUGAAACUGUGGCAAGGCAUACACUGUGAAGUCCGAGUUCCCAGAAUGCCCUGCCACCAUUCCAACAUGUUCGAUUGCAUGAUAACUUUGGAAAAUGGCUUGAUCAGAAAGUGGUUAAACCAGUGGUUCUCAAACUGCCUCAGGACACUUGCAGGGAUGCCCUGGAUUGGUGGUCCAGGGCAAAUUAAAAUUAUUUAUGGUCACUGUAAUAGGCAAAACCAGCUCUGCUGGCUGCUAAUUAUAAAUAUGUGGACAGACAGAAGCAAAUCUUAUCCCUCACCACACAAUUGAACCUAAGAAUGACAUAUACUUCAUUUAAUAUUUAUUUCUAAAUUUCUCAAUAAGAAACUUUUGGCCUAGGAGUGCCGUGAAAAAAAAAAUUCUGAUACUCUAGGGUGCCGUGAUUCAAAAAGGUUUGAGAACCCGCUGGGUUAAACUCUUCAUUUAUAUAUAGGGCUGUAACUGUCAAUCUGCAGUGAUAGCAGUUUGGAGAAUCCCUAGUGUGACUAGGGGAGCUGACAUCUUUGCAGGGUCCCUGUACAGGGAGGAGGCGUGGCCAAUGUGGGGAGGUGUGGUCAGACCCCCUCCUUGGACAAUUUUAAAAAAUGACAUGUUCAUUGCGGGCGCAAAUUGGACAUGUGCGCCGCACAGUGGGGAGGGCGCCGAUGUCCGGUUCAGUGGGUGGCAGGCGGUUGUGAUUGUUCCCCAAGCAGGGAGAGAGAGGACUGACUGCUACUGCCUCUCUCCCCAGCUCAGCAGACAGCAGCGUGUGCAGGGGUGGGGAUAAAGGCUGCUGCUGCAGCAGUCAGUUGUGUCUGUCCCUUCCCGAAAUGUGUGACUUUCUGCAAAGGGGGCAGGGGGGCAGCGGGACCCGGGCCCAGGUAAGGAGUACCCGCUUCUCCCCUACCUUUCACCGGAGCCACUGUGACAUAAAUACAAAGAUCAUAUAAAAUGAUUGCUAGAAAUGCCGCGUUUGCAUUGGAUGCUGUGGCAGAUUUUGCCUUUCACCCAUUGUGCCCAGGUCUGUUAUUACAGCAUUAGGAAGAUGGCUCUGCUUUGCUGAGCGGUCUCUGUACAAACUAAAGCGGUAAAUGAUGCUGGAGCAGGAAUUCCCCAUAAUGUAACCACUGAUUCCUUUGUGUGUGCGCUAUAUACCCACUGUAUGCCAACAUCAAUAUGGCUAUUCUUAAUCCAACUUGCACCAUAGUAGCAAGUGUAUGCCAGUCCUAAGAUGGCCUGUGAAUGUUUCCAUUUUAUAGAUAUCUAUGUAUCCUAUUAUGUUUUUAAACUAUAAAUUUCCUGUCACACGUAUAAACUUAUAACUGUGAAUGUUGUACUUGUAGAUGAUAAAUGUAUUCUAUCACAAUGUAUUGU